AUGUCUUUACUUGAAGGCGGUGAUAGACGUCGUUAUAAUCUACCUUCACAUGAUGAAGUUGCAGUUGUAUUUGUUGGCGAAGAUGGUGCUCCCCUAACUUCCAGGGAAGUUGUUAUUUACCCAAGAGGUCAUCCUUUAAAAAUUGUAUCAAGUAUGUCAGCCAACUUGGACCCUAUGGUUUAUCCGCUUUUUUUUCCAAGAGGUGAUGCUGGUUGGCAUAAUCAAUUGGUGCAUAACCCUGAGCGUGCCACACUGGUUAGAAAUCAUUUUACAUUAUCUCAGUUCUACAAUUAUAGACUUUCUGUUAGAAAUAAUCAAAAUAAGCUGAGAAGCGAGCAGUACGAUGCCUUACAUGGACAUAUUAACAACAUUGCUAAUGAUCGUAAUAUUAGACCAGGACGAGUAGUAGUUUUGCCAUCAUCUUAUGUAGGAAGUCCAAGAGCUUUAAAAGAAAACUUCGAAGAUGCUAUAGCAAUUAUUAAAAAGUAUGGCAAAGUUAUAACGCAUGUUCAGGUUAUUGAGUUUCAAAAGCGUGGUUUGCCGCAUGCCCACAUUUUACUUCAUUUAGCAAAUGAUGAUAAACUUGAAACAUCACAGGAUAUCGAUGAUUUGAUUUGUGCAGAAAUUCCAGAUCCGAUAGUUAAUUGUGAACUUUAUGAUAUUAUUAAAACUUGCAUGAUUUACGGCCCAUGUGGAAUACUGAAUCCAAAUUCUCCCUGCAUGAAAGAUGGGGUGUGCAGCAAAAAUUAUCCUAAAGAUUUUAAUGCCAACACAGUAGCUGUUCACAAUGGUUAUCCGCGCUAUAGGCGUCGUGAUAAUGGGUUGGUUAACAAUAUUAAAGGCGGCAAUGUAGAUAACCGUUGGGUGGUACCUUAUAAUCCUUGGUUAUCAAAGAAAUUAAUGUUGAAGCUUGCAUGGCAUGAUUGUGCGAAUGUUUUGAUAAAUGAACAGGUUAAUCACGAUGAAAUAAACACUUUCUUAGAUUGUCGUUAUGUUAGUGCACCUGAGGCACUGUGGCGAAUAUUUGAGUAUCCCAUAAGUCAUAUGUCACACUCUAUUAUCUGUCUUAAGGUUCAUCUUCCUGAGAAUCAGGUUGUGUAUUUUAGAGAAGGAGAAGAACAAGUGGCGUUAGAUCGUGCUGCUCAACGUGAUACACACCUUACUGCCUGUUUUAGAUUGAAUUCUGAAAAUGAAGGAGUCAAUCGCUACUCAUAUGUUGACAUAUCACUUUGUAUUUGA